UCUUUCUGCUAGAAAAUCACGACACAAUGCACCAGGUUUUUGAAAGUUGAAAAUGCCAGGCCUUACCCUGGGGGACACUAUCCCCAAUCUUGAAGUUGAAACCACUCAUGGAAUCAUCAAGCUCCAUGAUUACAUAGAUACCUGGACCAUUCUUUUUUCACACCCGGGUGAUUUCACGCCAGUUUGUACCACUGAACUUGGCAAGAUGGCUGCUUACGCUCAAGAGUUUGCUAAUAAAGGAGUGAAGUUAUUGGGUUUGUCCUGCGAUGAUGUUCUUUCUCAUGUUGAGUGGAUCAAGGAUAUUGAAGCAUACACUCCUGGAAGCAAAGUGACGUAUCCAAUUAUCGCGGAUCCUAGCCGUCAACUCAUUCACCAACUUAACAUGGUAGAUGCAGAUGAGAAAGACGACUCAGGAAAAAAUGUUCCAUCCCGAGCUCUGCAUAUUGUAGGUCCCGACAAGAAGAUCAAGCUGAGCUUUCUUUAUCCAGCAAGUACCGGCAGGAACAUGGAUGAGGUGAUGAGGGUCGUGGAGUCCUUGCAGAGGGCAGCAAAGCAUAAGAUUGCAACCCCUGCCGACUGGAAACCAGGAGAUCCGGUGGUCAUAUCUCCUAGUGUGUCAACUGAUGAGGCCAAAAAGAUGUUUCCUCAGGGCUACAAAACUGUUGACCUCCCUUCGGAGAAGGGAUACUUGCGCUUCACCAAUGUCGACUAAAAUAUUUCCUUUUGCUUAAAUGGAGAACGCAGGUGGCCUAGCUUUUAUAAUUACCUUUCUCAUGGUGUUUGUAUCGUCCGUCUAUGUAUACUUGUAGAAGUAUGUUCUUUCUGUCUCUGCUAGUAACAAAAUUGUAACUCUCCCCUGUGAAAAUCCUGUAUCCGGCUACUGUUACCUAUUAACAGUAAAAAUAACUUUUGGUCGAUUGUUCA